UUUCCAGGUGACGCUCAGCGCAAAAGACGCCGCAGAACUGCUUUUACAGACCAGCAACUUGAUCGUUUAGAGCAGUCGUUUGAACAAGAAAGAUUCCCAGGAAUCCAGAUUAGGGAAGAGCUUGCGCAGGAGCUUAACAUCGGAGAAGACAGAAUCCAGGUAAGAUGUUUGUUCACAAAUACAUGAAUUUCAACUGAGUAAAUACACACAACCGUUACUGGUCGUUUCGAUACAAGUUUAUUCAGUCGAGGUGUAAACAGUUUCACGUCCUUGGCUUAAGAAACGAAGGAUAUUUAUCCAAAACGUGGUUGGUGUUCACGCGAAAACUAUACUUGAAGAGAACAAAAUUAUUGUGCGAUUUCACUGCUUGAGUUGGUAUCAAAACGACCGAAUGAGAAUGCUUAUUGAUACAAGAAAGUGUUGGUAGGGAUUUCAAGAUGUCAUUUCUCAUUCCUUUACUUUACAAAAAUCUCCGUUGAUUAUUAUUCUCUUAUAAACAUGCAACUAACAAAGAAAAUCGUCACACAUACCAGUUUGGGAUUAGCUAUAAUAAUUGAAUUAGACUUUUUAAAUAAAAUGUUAGAGUGUAACCAUUCAAAUGGAAUUAACCAAUUGGUUUGAUUUUUCGCCCUUCGGGAAGUCAAGAGUUCAACUUUUUGUCUAACUAUCAGUGCAUUUUCAUUUUUUUUAGCAGAAGUUAAGUGUUUAUUUUUGGUUAAUGACUUAGUUGGGUACUGCUUUUCCUGACGUUUUAUUUUCACCUUUAGGUCUGGUUCCAGAAUCGCCGUUCAAGAUGGCGCAAAAGCUUAAAAAAUAAACCUGCCAAGGACCUUAGAAGUGAAGUCAGUAUCCCACACAUGUUCCAGCCGUCGCUUGCCACUUUCCAGCCGUCCCUGCAGCCGGCACCCUUCAGAUCACGUGAGCCAUUUUUCCCGCCAUUUACCAGCAGCCCUUCCUUCCUAUCCUUCUAUGACAAUAUGGCGCCCGUCGCUUCACAAGGUUCACAAACUGUCAGCGUAUUACUUGGUCCGCGUGUAUCAGCGUCAGUGAGCCCGCCGUUCAGUUGCAGUGCUUCCCCCUCGUUCAGCUACGAAGAACAGUUCCAGGCACCCUGCGUUAAAUCUCGCUACUCGGCCGACGACUUUUUAGCGGCAGUUACUUUAGCCAGUGGCUUUCAGCGCGAGAAUUAGUUGAACGCAUUUUCUAGCCUUAGCAUCGGAUGUAUUUUUAACGUAUCUGAUUUUUGUAUUUCAUUUUAAGGAAUAAGAUUUCAAUGUACUUGUAAAUCAUUCAAGAAUUCGAAGGUCCAUUGCUGAUCAUUCACUAGCACGAUACAAAAAGGAUGAAGAUUAAUGGUGUUCAAAGGAUGUUAAAUAGUUUCAAAAUUUUUAUGAGGCUCAUGUACACAAUAAAGAAUUGACAAUUUUUUUUCAGUAGUGAGUGAGUCCCGCUUUUAGAGUCUUCAACCGAUCGAGACCAUCAUUUCGCCGAGACAAGAGUUAAUUUUAAUUAACUUUUAACACCGUCAUCAAUAUUCCACACUUGAGCGGAGCGCUUCUAACAGAACACAGGAGGUGGAAUUGAGUAAAAUUCAAGACAUUUCAUCUUUUUGAUAUUUGAUGCUAACCAUUAUGGGGAGGGGGUGGGGUGGGUGGGUCGUCCGUAGUUUUUUCGCAUAUUUGAAUGCGGCUGCUGGGACUCACAUCGCAGUAUUUCACAUGAAAACAAGAACGGGAUUCGGGUAUCGAUGAUUAGCGCGGGAUACGGGCUUCAGCGAUUUUAUAUAUGAAUUCAAGUAAUGCUUUAAAAUAGGAAAAUUUUGCAUGAGCAAAAAUGCAAAGGUUAGCCCAUGUAUAACAGACAUCCCCUCACUGUACACAGGCUAUGCAAAAGUCUGAUGGAACUUUGAAUGCACUCGACCAGGAGCCACCCAAAAAGAGAGGCGCGAUCGCAUUGAAACCCGAAUUACACGUCAUCGCAGCCAAUUCGUCAAUGAUUGAAGUUUUCCAACUUCACAGUGAUUUUUGCACCUUAUCGAAUCAUUGCGCCCGCUGCUGAUGCGCCCUGUAUUUUGAGAACUUUAUAAAAGGCAUUAGUCAUCAACGGCCUUCACCAAUUUACCUCCAGAUAAACAAGUGCAAAGGAUAAGACGCACAGUAAAGAAAAAAAGUCAAAUUCACUUCCAAGGUUUCUUGAUUAAAUUACUCUGCCACUUAUGAGCUACACAAUUUUAAUUCAACCUUACCAUACAACACUUAACAAGCUGCAGUCACACAAACGAUUCGAGAAGCGAUGUAUAUUAAUCAAGCGAUAACGCGUUAAUUUUGUCAAGUUUUGUUUUCCCACUCACUGCAAAAUAAGAUGCCGGCUUCACCAAUGGCUUUUAAAAAGAUUAAACAACAAUGAAUGAGACCACAACUAAAACGCGCAAGAAUCAAACUCCGACGCACAAGAUUCAACAGUGUGCGCACGAGUAUCAAAUUAAGCGCACAAAAGUUAACGAGAGCGCGCAAGCAUAAACGGACACGAAAGCUAACAACGACGCGCAAAUGGUCGAUGAAAUGAGACCGCAUAACAAUUCGAGUCGCCAAGAGCGGGCUAAUUUCAAGAAAAAGAUCCAAAAAUUUUUCGGACUUCCAGAGGCGCACACCCGGAGAUAACUUUUAAACACAAUAAAAGUUAGCUCCAUCCAUAUCACUUAUAUAAGCGUGACCUGUAAAGUGGCACGCGUCGUAACGGUUGAAAACAUGUACUCCUCAGAUUUUAUUAUAAAAUUUCUUUACUUAACGGAUCGACAGUGAAAAUAAGCAUUAAGUCAAUGAGGCGGAGAUUCACCUAAUUUAUUCCAAAAGCUUUGAUUUCAUCAAAUUGUUUCACAAGUACUUGACAUCUUAUUUUAACAAUGGAGACAAAAGCUAAGCCUCACAAGUGAUCAAACAAUAGAGGUGCGAAGUAACUUACUAAUAAAGACGCUAAAAUGUUUAUUGUUAAACUGGUUUAUUCUGCCACCCACGAAUCAUCAUCAAGCGUCACGGAACCAGGUAUAUAAAGAAGUCAAUAUUUCAAACGAUCAUUCAUCCUUUCAGUUUGACUUGUAAACAACACUUGUCGUUCAAAGAUUCACCUAAGCACAGUGCGAAAUUUUACGAACACCGAUGGCUUCAAGAGCGAACUUGAAAAGACCAGCUCCAGAGGAAGAACGUAAGUUAUAGAAUCUCAUUUUCUAAAUUCAUAUCUUCGGAAUUUAAUUGGCAGUUCUUCUUGGUCAACGUAGAGACGACAAACGGGUUUAAUCAACUUUAAGUGAAAAGCGUGCAAAACUCGCGCGCAUCAUAGUAAUAUUGUGAAACUUCAUAUUCUUGAAAAACGUUUUGAAAAUUUUCAUGAUAUAAAAUCAGCUCUUAAAGUUUCAUCUACACUUUAUGUUCUGAUAAAAUAUUACGCAUCAUAAUCAAACAUAAGACGAAAGACAUUACAGAGAUCAAUCGAAUCAAGUCAAAAUCAAUUUAUCCACGAAAAUUCAGUCUCCGUUAAGCUUAAGCACUCCGUUGAAGAAUUGUAAAUUCCACACUUUGCGAGACAUUCUAAUGACGUUUAUAUUCCGAGACUUCCUUGACAUUUAACUACACCAGCUUUUAAAAGGAGCUAGUUAUCACAACUAAACACGACUUUCUUGUUAAUUUCCAGGUGACGCUCAGCGCAAAAGACGCCGCAGAAUUGCUUUUACAGACCAGCAACUUGAUCGUUUAGAGCAGUCGUUUGAACAAGAAAGAUUCCCAGGAAUCCAGAUUAGGGAAGAACUUGCGCAGGAGCUUAACAUCGGAGAAGACAGAAUCCAGGUAAGAUGUUUGUACACAAAUAUAUGAAUUUCAUCUGAGUAAAUACACAAACGUUACUGGUCGUUUCGAUACAAGUUUAUUCAGUCGAGGUGUAAACAGUUUCAGGUCCUUGGCUUGAAGAACGAAGAAUAUUUAUCCAAAAUGUGUUUGGUGUUCACGCGAAAGCUAUACUUGAAGAGAACAAAAUUUUUAUGCGAUUUCACUGCUUGAGUUCGUACCGAAACGACCGAAUGAGAAUGCCUAUUGAUAAAAGAAAGCGUUGGUAGGGUUUUCAAGAUGUCAUUUCUCAAUUCCUUUACUUUACAAAAAUCUCCGUUGAUUAUUAUUCUCUUAUAACCAUGUAACUAACAAAGAAAAUCGUCACAUUUACCAGUCUGGGAUAAGCUAUAAUAAUUGAAUUGAACUUUUUAUAUAAAAUGUUGAAUGUUGAAUGUGACCAUUCAAAUGGAAUUAACCACUUGGUUUGAUUUUUCGCCCUUUGGAACGUCAAGUGUUGAACUAACUAUCAGUGCAUUUUAAUUUUUUUUUUGCAGAAGUUAAGUGUUUAUUUUUGGUUAAGUGACUUAGUUGGGUACUGCUUUUCCUGACGUUUUAUUUUCACUUUUAGGUCUGGUUCCAGAAUCGCCGUUCAAGAUGGCGCAAAAGCUUAAAAAAUAAACCUGCCAAGGACCUUAGAAGUGAAGUCAGUAUCCCACACAUGUUCCAGCCGUCGCUUGCCACUUUCCAGCCGUCCCUACAGCCGGCACCCUUCAGAUCACGUGAGCCAUUUUUCCCGCCAUUUACCAGCAGCCCUUCCUUCCUAUCCUUCUAUGACAAUAUGGCGCCCGUCGCUUCACAAGGUUCACAAACUGUCAGCGUAUUACUUGGUCCGCGUGUAUCAGCUUCAGUGAGCCCGCCGUUCAGUUGCAGUGCUUCCCCCUCGUUCAGCUACGAAGAACAGUUCCAGGCACCCUGCGUUAAAUCUCGCUACUCGGCCGACGACUUUUUAGCGGCAGUUACUUUAGCCAGUGGCUUUCAGCGCGAAAAUUAG